AUUCUUUACCGCUUCAUUCUUUAUUGCUUCACUCAGCUUUAGCGUUGACAUCAGUUUUCUCUCAGAGGGAUAAGGACGUCAGAUCUAUGAGAGGAUUUCAAACUCAUUUGAACUAAAAAAAAGAGGAACACGCUCACCAUAGCUGAAGGACUUUAAAUGUAAAACAGUCUGGAAGAUGCGUUUGAGAACGUGACGUCUGGUGUUCAUAAGAAUCGAGACAUGACCUAAAAACCCACUGACUAAUGCUCAACAUGAGGUCAAGAAUGACAGGACUUUUUUGGAGUGGCGUUUUGCUGCUCUUUCUCUGGACAUUUGUGAGCGGACAACCGUCCUGUCCUAUACAGGCGAUAAGUACAGAACUACAAACUCCAAAUGAAAUACCAUCCAAGCUGACCUUCAGCAGUGACUUCAUGUCUCCAUUUGUACAUUCAUUCCUGGGCACUGUCCAGCCCAAUCCAUUCCCUAAAGAUCUGCUGAUUAGAGUAACAAAAGAUAGGAAUUUGAACACAGAGUUGGUUAAAGAGGUUUUGCAAUAUGAGAUUGGUUUCCUGGUCUGCGUGGCCAUUGGGAUCCUCUACAUUGUCCUGAUGCCUCUAAUUGGCCUAAUCUUUGCCUGCUGUCGUUGCUGUGGUAACUGCGGGGGCCGCAUGCACCAGAAGCAGACGAAGAACAUCCACUGCAAGCGAAGAAGCUUUUACUUGGUCACAUUUCUCAUCACUGUACUAAUUCUGGCAGGGAACAUUUGCAUGUUCCUGAGCAGUACAAACACUUCAGAGACUGUGAAUCGCACCCCCACAGAACUCACCAACAUCUUGGAGAAUGUCAAAGGCUAUCUUACCAAUAUUCCUAAGCAAAUCCAAAAUGUGACGAAUGUGGCUGGUGUGACUGUGGAUAAAGUGAAAAACAACUUAGUUGAAACAGGGCCUUUACUUGGCAGAUCGAUCCAGAAUGGUCUUAAAGGCCCUCUCGACCCAGCAUUCAACUCCAUUACCGAAAUAGCCCGAGUGAUAAACAGCACCAGCCAAGGACUGCUGCAUCUUAAUAAAACCUUGGAGCUGUUGAAACCGAAGGUGGAUGUAGUGCAAACUAAUUUGUCUGCUGUGAGGCAGCGGAUUAACAACACUUUACAUUCGUCUGAGUGUGUAAACUGCACUUCCCUUCAGCCAGAACUGGACAAACUAUCACUGGAUGGAAGCCUUGAAUUUCCUGAUCAAAAUGACCUAAGGUCUGCUGUAGACAAGGCGAUAAAUGCUGAUGUCAUUGGACAGGCAAAUAAGGGGAGAGACUUUUUUGACAGCAUUCCGGAAAAGGUGAAAAAUGAGACCAAACUAAGCGUGCAAAUGGCUCUAUUGGAGCUUGACAAAAUAAAAAGGCAGAUCACAAGUGUGACUGAUGGCCUUCCUCUUGAUGUAUUGAAGAAUAUCUCAGAACCACUAACGCAAGCACAGAAAUCGAUCAAAGAUGUUUCUCCUCUUAUAGAUAGAUCAAGUCAAAUCAGCCGGGCUGUUGGAUUGAUCCUGAGCUGUCUGAUUUUGCUGGUGGUGAUCUGUAAUUUUCUGGGUCUGCUGCUGGGUGUAGCUGGACUAAAACCUAAAAACAAUCCCACUGAACGUUCCGGCACAUCCAACUGUGGAGGAAUAUUUUUUAUGGCAGGAGUAGGUUUCAGCUUCCUGGUCUCUUGGAUCUUUAUGUUAGUGGUGUUGAUACUUUUCAUAGUGGGAGGUAAUGGCUACACCCUGGUGUGUAAACCGUUACAAAACAAGGAACUCAUCCAGCUUAUUGACACUCCAGGAGUGAUUCCAAAUUUCAACCUGUCGACUACUCUGAACCUGAAUAUAAACCUGAAGGUUACUAAUGUGUACAGUGAUUGUCAACAGAAUAAGGCCUUGUGGACCACAUUUCAUCUGAAUGAGAUCUUCGACCUAAAUAAGGAAUUAAAUGUUUCUAGGUACACUCAAGAUAUUUAUAAAACCUUUGAGGAUGCACAAAUCAACAUAGCAAACAUCACCAUCCUCACUCCAGAGGUAAAGUCCCAGCUAAACAACUUCUCUAGCAGUGCCAGCAGUAUGAACUUCAGCAACAUUAUACAACAGAUCAAUGAUGUGUCAGGGACUAAUUUGAGCUCAGCAGCAGAAAAGCUGGAUAUCUUGGCUGACAAACAGAGUAACCCAAGUAUAAAAGGCCAACUGCAAGGUCAAGCAAAAGAUCUGCGAGACAUCCAGACUGAGAUUACAACUAACAUUAUGCCUUUGCUGCUGGAACUGAACACCACCAUUAAGAAUCUCAGUGCAGUAGCAUCACAAAUCACUGCAGCUGUGGACAGUCUUCUCAAAAAAGUUGGCUAUGCUCAGGACGUCCUGAACUACAACAUAUCACAAAUAGUGAAAACUGAGAGCAAGUCAUUCAUAGACUGUCAGCUGGAAAUCUUUAAGGCAUUUGUUCACUGGGCAAAUCAAACGAUCACGGAGAAGGUGGGUCGUUGUAGGCCUGCAGCUGCGGCAAUAGACAGAUCAGAGGAGCUCCUCUGUAAACACUUGGUGGAGUCUUUGAACGCCUUUUGGCUUAGUUUGGGCUGGUGCAUGAUGUUCCUGAUCCCCAGCAUCAUUUUCUCAGUUAAACUGGCCAAGUACUACCGCAGGAUGAAGUAUUCAGAUGCUUAUGAGAACAAUAACUUCAUGAUGAAUCCUUUCCCAAAGGUCCACCUCAAACCUGAAUUGGAAAAAUCACCACCUUUUGCAUACGCACAUAAUUAAAUAUGACUGUUAAGUCUGAAUGAACCACAAAUCAAUGAACUGACAAGCAAUGACUGUAGGAAAUAUAACGCCAAAGUAGCUUUUUUUUUAGUGCCAUAGACUGUAUCAGAAAUGAACUUUGUGUCAAAUGAUUUUUCUUAAUAUUUAAAUGAAAACCAUAACUUUACUGUUACACUUGUAAUAUUUUUUUGUAUUAUAAAGCAUUAAUGAGAAUUUAUUAUGCGUUAGAAAGCACUUUAAGUGGUCCUCUAGGCAUUAAGAUUUAAUUAUGCCAUUUUUUCAAUAAGAAAUAUAUCUAUACUGUUAUAGAUUUACUACUGGGAUAAAAAACAACAUUUCCAUUAGACUGUUCUAAUAAAUAAAUUAGUUCAUGAAUAAUUGGAGACUGUGACUGUAUAAACCAACUAACAAGUGACCUCUUUUUGAAGUGGUGUGGCCUGUUAAACAUUUCUAUCUUGUGUAAUGUAUUAAAUGCUAUCAUAAUUAAAGGUGCUCACACUUC